AUGGGCCUCAGUGUAAUUUUUAAAACCAAUUGGAAGCACACUACUGCUUAUGCCUUAGCAGAGAUCCCGGCCGUCCUAACCCAGUCCGCAUACCACCGAACGACCACCCCUGCAUCUUCACAAAAUGGAAUAUCAAUUCAAAAUAGAACUAGUAUCCCAGUUGGUGCCUCAGUUGAAACACAAACGAACUCGGCAAUUACGACCUCGACAGUUCUCCAACAGCCACAUCAACUUCCUUUCCAACCUCAAAUGCAACCGCAACCUACUAAUUCACUUAAUCAACCUGCAUUUGCCGUUAUUGCACAAGAUCCGUCAGCUCUUCAAGCUCUAUUAAGUGGAGAUCUUGGUGGGAGAACAUUUAUCAUCCAACCCCUCCAGCAACCUUACAUUUUGCCCCAAUUCCAUGUGACACCACCACAAUACCCACCUUUCACUAUUACUCAGCCAGUUUUGCAGCCCCCGGUUUACCCUAAGCAGCAAGAACAAUCAGUCGCAGAUACUAAAACUCAGUCUCCUUUGGCUCCCAUUCAGGAACCCCUUCAGAACCAAUCCAUGCAAAAUUCAACCAUAGAAACUCCUAACGAACUACCUUUAGAAAUUGCUCCGCCUACAAUAACACUACGAGAAGCCACACCUCAGCCAAUAAUAGAACCUUUAACUAUUGCCACGGACACUAGACCUCUACCACAAACAGCUCCUUGUUCUAGAUCCCCACCAAGAUCAGUUCAGUCGAUUUUCAAGCAACAUAGCCCGCAGUUACAACAGACACACGAGGCCCAUAAGAUACCCCUAAGGGAACCACAAAGGUUAUCGACGCCUGUGUUCCUGCAAAAAACGCAGAAAACUCAAACCCCGUCACCACAAUCAGAACAGCAAGCGGCAUUUACUCCAGCAAAGGCCACUACCCCAAAACUGCCACCAAGUAAUCCUCUCUGUGAAUAUGCAGAGAAAUUGAAACUAGCACCUAAUCGAGCUGGCAAUCGAAGAACUAUAGUUGGAGGAACCAAGAAAUCAAAGAAUUCCAUAAUUAGCAUUUCAAAUUUUCUUUCAGACUCGCCCAUGGAGAGCUUCAAGGAAGAAGACUUAGAGAUCGGUUCAUGUUUGUCAAGUCCCGCGGCCAGUGUGCUUAGCGAUUUCUCUGAAAUAGUCUGCGCGCAAAAUCCCUCCAAAUAUCGAGGACUGCGGAUUUACUAG